CAAGUUUGGUAUUUUCAAUUUUGUAUCCUCUUCUUUCCCCGAAAUUAAAAAUUACCAAAAGAGAGAUCUUUGAAAGCAAGAAAUUCUAAUCAAUAGCUUCAUCCAUGGAAUCUCCUUCGUUCCUCGACAAUCUCUUCUUCUUCAUCAUACGUCCGCUUCUGGCGAUCUCAUUCGUCGUCUGCUUCAUCGCUCUUUGGUGGUUUCUGGCAUGGAAGCUUGUAUUAAGCCAUGUUCCUCUGGUUCAAGAGAUCUUUGGCUUGAGGAAGAAGACCUUUAAACCAAAACCCGAAUCUCGCGGUCGAAUCGCCAAGUUUUACAGAAGUAUCAGUUCUCAGAAUUCUGUUCCCCAAUGAAAUUGUGAGUUCCGAGGUUUAUAGAAGCUUCGAUGAUCCGGAAACGUGACGAGCAUGAAGAGAUUCAGUGUCAGAAUCCAGGAAGAUUCAAGUUACAGAGUUCUAUAAUGUUGUUGACUCUUUUAUGGUGGGAUGUGUGCAAUGUAGUGUAGCAUUUUGUGUAGUGUGAAGUAUCUCAACCCAAAUCUUGAAUCAGUGUUUCCUAAAUUGUUGUGAGAGAGAUACUUUAAUUCAUGAAUCAGGUUAAAAAA